AUGCGUAUGAUGUGCCAUGCAGCAGGACGUGUACUGUCGACAGUUGCUAUGCGUGGUGUUGGAAUGCUCUCGGCUUCUGACGGAAGCGCUGGAUCGAUAACUGAUUUCAAGGAUGAGCCGGUGACACAAAAUCGUUAUCUUUCCCUGUUUCCGUCUCCAAAAAUUGUCGUACCGACCUUCGAUCCGGCAAGACGAAUAGGCACAUUUGUAUCAGAAGCGAUUUACCACUUGUGCUACGAAAAAGCUUAUGAUAGAGAGCGUUUUAUUCGUGUCUCCGUUGAGGGCGCGUCAGUCUUAGGAGAAUGCAUAGCUGAUGGGGAAUGGAAUCGUAUGGGAUUUUUGGCUUCAAGAGAUCUUGUUGAACAAGCAAAAAUAGCUAGGCGGAGAUGUACUAGUGAUCAGCUGGAGAUGCUACGAUUCGUUUCUGAUGAUUCCAUAUUGUCAUUUUUGCAUUCGUCCUUCAUUUCACUUAGAAAUUUCGGUAGAAAGUAUGACCAUGGUAUUGUAUGUAUCUAUUUUACUACUGCAUCAUUUAUUCGGACUAGUGAUUCAGUUCCCCAUGAUGCAACGCUUACGCAGCUUUUAGAUGAUUUCAAAAGUAGUGUAAUGGUUCUCAAUGUCACCUUUGCGCGGAAUUUGAGCCCACUGGGACAGUGGAAGGCAACAGGAAUCAAUUUCUUUGUGCUUGAUGUUGCACAUUCUUGA